UACGGCUUGCUUUCCGCUAUGCGUAAAAUUUCCCGGACGGCCGCAGGCGGGCAGUCGACUGAAAUUCACAGAUGGCGCCAGUAGUGCAGAAACGGUGAAACGUGAAACGGUGAACCAAACAUCUGUGGCUGUCUGUGGUCUAUGUCACUGUGCCGCACCAUAGCCUCUGGCCGUGCUAUCUGUCAACUAAACUGACAAUUAAUUAGGCAACUUGGCGAUUAGCGCGGUGCACGAGCCGGUGGGCGGUUGUCGUGGUGCGUCGUCGACCGGUUCAGGACGCUUGGCAGCCGGUCGGGAGGACCUUCCCGGAGAGACGACUGAGCGCCUCCUCAGAUGGGCGACUUGAGCGAGCGCACGGCGAGCGGCAGCCUCCGUAGGAGCGGGGACACGCGGUGAGCGGGCCUUCGUUCGACUGUCGGCAUGGCGGGCGGCGUGGCCACGCACUGGAGAAACCGGGUGCUCAAGUCGCUGCAAGAGCGCAACUGCGUCGAGUCCAAGCAGUUCGAGGACAUCAUCCAGUUCAGCAGUCAGCUCUUCGAGCGCGUGGACGCGCUGAGGGCCGACAAUGUCCAGCUCACGGUGCAGAAGGAGCGUCUCCAGCAGGAGAACCUCCAGCUCCAGAUGAACUCGGAGACCAGCCUGGGUAAGCCCCGAGCUGCCCUGGAGACGAAGCUGUUCCAGCUGCAGGAGGAGAUGACCGAGCUGCUCAGGCGCAAGUCCCAGCACUCCCAGCAACUCAUUGACCUCAAGAACAGCCUGGAGGAUCGGGAUCGCCAGCUGCACCUCAAGGACGCCAGGAUCCAGGAGUGUGAGCUGGAAGUGGCCUCCCUGAAGCAGAGCCUGGCUGCAGUCAAGAAGGACUUGCAGGACAUGAAGGAUGCCAACCAGCUGCUGCACGACGAGCACGAGGCCCUGCAGCUGGCAUACUCAAGCCUCGAGCGAAACUUCUCCUCCCUGGACCGGGAGCACCAGGACCUCAUCAAGCGCUGGAUGGCCCUCAAGUCGAGGGACGCCGACCGACUCAACGCCGAGAAUGAGCGCGUCGUCAGGCUGAAGCAGGCCCAGGUCAAGAGGGACCUAGAAGAGGCUGCCAGGGAGCCCAUCGUGGUUCCCGGGGACAGCUCCCGGCUGCCGCCGCCUUGCGUCCAGUCCCUGGUCCCCAGCCGGCUCGUCCUCAAAUACGAGGCCCACGAGGGGGAGGUGAAUGCGGUGCGCUUUGCCCCCUCGGGCAAGAUCCUGUGCACGGGAGGUGGGGACCGCAAGCUCAAGGUCUGGGAGUUCUCCAGGGAGCAAGCCCUGGCGAGGGGCACCCUGGGGGGCAGCAACGCAGCCGUCAUGUCCAUAGACAUCGACUCAGAGGAGAAUCUGGUGCUGGGUGCCUCCAACGACUUCUCCAGCCGGGUCUGGACCAUGGGCGACCAGAGGCUCAGGCACACGCUGACGGGUCACAGCGGCAAGGUGCUGGCGGCCAAGUUCCUGGGGGAAUCCAGCCGGGUGGCCUCCGGCAGCCACGACCGCACUCUCAAGAUCUGGGACCUCCGGAGCCGGGCCUGUGUGCGCACCAUCUUUGCGGGCUCGUCGUGCAACGACCUGGUGACGAGCGACGGUGGGGGCAGCACGGUGAUCAGCGGCCACUUCGACAAGCGCAUCCGCUUCUGGGACACCCGGGCGGAGAGCAGUGCCAACGAGAUUGUGCUCGGAGGCCGCAUCACCUCCCUGGACCUGUCCACCGACCGCUGUCUGCUGCUCUGCUGCGUGCGCGACGACUCCGUCAAGCUGCUCGACGUGCGCAUGAACCAGGUGCUCAGCACCUACGGGGACGACAGCUUCAAGGUGGCCUUCGACUGGACGCGGGCCAAGCUGAGCCCCGACGGGAGCUACAUCGCGGCGGGGUCCCAGGACGGCACCCUGUUCAUCUGGAACACCGCCACGGCCAAGCUCGAAAAGAAGCUCAAGGAGAUGAGCUCCGCCAUCAUUGCCUGCGCCUGGAGUCCCAGUGGCGAUGACAUCGUCAGCUCGGACCGAGACAAGAGGGUGUGCCUCUGGUCCCAUUUCUAGGCAAGGCAGCUGCACCAUCGGGGCACGCUCCAUACCGGACCACGGACGCUCCAGUCGCCGUCCUCGUGGCAACCGGAGCUUGCGGGGGCUGCUCAGGGACGUUGACUAAUUCUCCUCGCGGCGACAGGAAAGGACGUUACUGCUUCUUCGUGCGGAGUGCCGACACAAAUUGCAUCUUUCGCAAAUAAAUGAACUUUCGAACGAG